AUGUCGGCACCCCAGGUCGCAAGGGCGCCGGUCCAGCGACUUCGGGGCUUAAAUGAUUCCUACCAAUAUCAGUCCAAAGCAACGCAACGAAGACAAGCGCCUCAGGUCGCUGCGCCCCAAGCCGCCAAACGUACAUACACUUGCUGCGAAAACCCCCAGAUCGACACUUCAGACAAUGAAGUCAUGUGCUAUAACUGCGGUCACGUUCACAACGAAAGCAACAUUGUCUCCGAGGUUACUUUUGGCGAAACCUCAGGCGGAGCAGCCAUUGUCGAGGGUGGCUUCAUCCACGCGAACCAGCGACACGCGAAUUCCAUGGGCGGGACUAUGCGAGGCCUGGGUGGUAUGGAGAGUAGGGAGCAGGCUGCGAUGAAUGGCAAAAACUCUAUUCAGGCUCUCGGUGCAUCUCUCAACCAGCGCGAGGCCGUUAUAGAGCAAGCCAUCAGCUGGUAUAGGCUCGCCAUGAACUUCAGAUUCAUCCAGGGUCGUCGGAUGAGGAACGUCGCUGCUGUCUCCAUCUACAUGGCCGCACGAAGACAGCCUGAGAAUACGCUCAUGCUCAUCGACUUGGCCGAGAAGAUCCAAACCAACGUCUGGGCCUUGGGAGACACAUACAAACAAUUUCUCGAGAUGCUAAAAGAAGAGGAUCCGGCGCAACUUGUGGGCACCAAGGCCGUCCAGGAGAUCGAGCCUUUGAUGCUAAAGUACUGUCGAAAGCUUGAAUUUGGCGAUGAUUCUCACAGAGUUGCCGACGAUGCCUGUAAGGUCCUGAAGCGAAUGAAUCGAGAUUGGAUGGUACAGGGUCGUCAACCGGCUGGGCUGUGCGGUGCUUGUAUCAUCAUAGCCGCUCGCAUGAACAAUUUCCGUCGGACCAUUCGAGAGGUCGUCUAUGUCGUCAAGGUCGCCGAUUCUACCAUCACCUCCCGUCUAUACGAAUACAAGAGGACACAGAGUGCGGCUCUGACGGUCAACCAGUUCCGGGAGUUCGGACCUCGUCUCAAGGUCAAGGCUCAACCUCCCGCCAUCUGGAGGCGCGCAGAGAAGGAAGAGCGGAGAGAAAAGAAGAAGAAGAAGAAGCAACGGCUACCCAAAGGAGCUGGUGGCGCUGCUGCAGAGAGCGCAUCGGGCGAUAGUGAAGCAGAACCAGGCUCGGAUACGGCACCAAAACGCACAAGCAAGAGACGCAAGUCAAAUGACGGGUCGUCUCAGCCAGUCGGAACACAAACUGAAACUCCUGAUACGCGGGACAGCGACCAAUCUGCCGAACUAGCAGUUUUUGAUGGCAACAACGAUGCGGUCGUUGAAUCUGUUGCUACUGCAGUCGAGGAAGUCGAGGCUGGCGAGACCACCGAUCCAGACUUUAUCAUGCCUAAGCAGCGUGGCCGACCACCGAAGAAGCGGGUACCCGUUGUCAUUGCCGAAGAGGAUCUCGAGAUUGAGCAAGAUCUGGAGGAUGAAGUCACAAACACCAUCAAGGACUGGGAGGGUAUCUUCAAGGAGAUCGCCAACAGUGAAGACCACGAGCUUCUGAGGCGCUCUGGCUGGACAGCAGCAGAGAUGGCGCGCGUGGCUGCCGACACGCGCGACGUCGUCCCUGUGAAUCUGGACCCUGAAAUUGGCGAAGACGAAUUCAACGAUGACCCAGACGUUGCGACCUGCAUCCUUGCUCCCGAAGAAGUCCGUCGCAAGGAAGCUAUUUGGAUCACGGAGAACGAAGAGUGGCUGCGCGCCCAACAGAAGAAGAUGUUGGAAGCCGAGCUCGAAGCCGCGGAAGACAAGCCCAAGAAGCCCAAGCAAAAGCGCAAACAUCACCAAAUGGGUGACGGUAAUGUUCUUGAAGGUCAGCCUGCGGCUAGUGCAGCGGAUGCUGCUCACAAAAUGCUCAAGAAGCGCGCCAAAGCUUUCAGUAACCACAUCAACUACGAUCGGCUGAAGGAGUUGUUCCCCGGUGGUCAUGCUUCAGCGAGCCCAUCUGGUAGCGGUCAGGGUGCCAGCCCAUCUUCUAACACGCCAGCUGUUGUACGGCAGACUACCGACGUUGAUGCGGAAGGCGAGGAAGAAGAAGAAGAAGAGGACGAGGAGAUGCAAGAGGUGGAGGAAGAGGAAGAUUUGGAACACAACUACUUGGACGACGAUGAUGAAGGAUUUGGUAACGAAAGCUACGACUACUAG